AUGCUGGCCGCCAAAGACAUAAACUGGCUCCAUGUUGCAAUCCUCACAGUUCCACCGCUCGCAGCAAUCUAUGGAAUUGCAACCACUCAAGCACGAUGGCCAACACUAGUUUGGGCUUUUGUGUACUAUUUCAUGACUGGAUUCGGUAUUACAGCUGGUUAUCACAGGUAUUGGUCUCAUCGCUCAUAUGACUGUUCGUUUCCCAUGAAGCUCUUCCUGGCCCUUGGUGGUGCUGGUGCGAUGGAAGGAUCAAUUCGAUGGUGGAGUCGUGAUCACAGAGCUCAUCACAGAUACACCGACUCGCCCAAAGACCCAUACGACGCAAGCCGUGGUCUCUUCUACACUCACAUCGGCUGGAUGAUAUUAAAGCAAGACCCAAACAGAAUAGGCCGUGUCGAUAUAUCAGAUCUCAACAAGGACGAACUUGUCAUGUGGCAGCACAAGAACUACUUGUGGUUGAGUCCAUUCAUGGCAUUUGUAUUCCCUGCUCUUGUAGCAUAUAUCGGAUGGGGUGAUUUCUGGGGUGGUCUGUACUUUGCUGGAAUGGCUCGUUGUGUGUUUUUACAUCAUUCGACAUUCUGUGUCAACAGUCUGGCUCAUUAUUUGGGUGAAUCACCAUAUGAUGAUCGUCGAAGUCCUCGAGACCACUUUGUUACUGCUUUGGUUACGUUUGGUGAAGGAUACCACAACUUUCACCACGAAUUCCCAUCCGACUACAGAAACGCUAUCUUAUUCUGGCAAUAUGACCCAACUAAAUGGUUGAUUUUUGUGGCGUCUUUGGUUGGAUUGACAUAUAAUCUCAAAAUGUUCCCUGAAAAUGAAAUCGCAAAAGGUAGAAUCCAAAUGCAAGAAAAGAAGAUUGCUGAAUUGAAGAAGAAGCUCAACUGGGGCAAGCCUCUGGAUCAAUUACCUGAAUGGGAAUGGGACAACUUCGUCUCAUCGUGUGAAAAGGACAAGAAGCAAUACCUCGUUGUCGACAAGGUCGUAUAUGAUGUCGAUGGCUUUAUGGACGACCAUCCAGGUGGUCGCGGUUUCUUGAAGACCUCUCUUGGACGAGAUGUUUCUGCUUCAUUCAAUGGUGCCAUCUACUUCCAUUCCAAUGCUGCUCGAAACUUGGCUACUCUGAUGAGGGUUGCCAAGAUCGUUGGCGAAAUCCCCGAUACUGAUAAGGCAAAGGAAGAAUAA